AUGGGUUCUUCUGAUAAUUUAGUUGCAGAGCAACCACCAGUUAAAAAAGGGUUUACACAGUUGGAUGCUAAUACUGACAACUUAAAUGUAAGGUUUGGAGACUUCAAAUUAUUGGAAAAAAUAGGGGAGGGUGGUUUUGGUGAGGUUUACAAAGGUGAAUAUUUGGGAACAGAUAUUGCAGUGAAGAAAGUUAAGAUAAAACGCAUGAAAGUUGUGAAACAGUCAGUGUUGCAAGAAGUUGUCACAAACAGUCAUCUUAGGCAUCCAAACAUUGUUCUACUGAUGGGUUACUCAAUCAAUACUGACUGUCUCUAUCUUCUCACAGAGUUCAUUGCAGGUCCAAAUUUGGAUGAUGUGCUUUUUGCUGACAAUGAGUACGAAUUUACUGUGCCUCAAAAACAUGCAGUGGCAUUGCAAGUAUGUCAGGGUGUAGCAUAUUUACAUAAUCAUAAUCCAAUAGUUAUUCACAGAGACAUUAAGCCUGAAAACAUUUUGCUGACGAGAAAUUUGGAAACGGCAAAACUUUGUGACAUGGGAUUGUCUAAGGUGAAGGUAAUGAAUACCAUGACCAAAACAGUUGCAGAUCGCAGAGAGACACAGCCAGGAACUCCAGCUUAUCAAGCUCCAGAGAUUCUUCUGCAAGCUAGGAGAGGCAGAACACAAGCAGAUGUUUGGAGCCUCUGUUGUUCAUUAGUUGAGCUCUUUACUGCCAAAACCAUAUGGGACUUGACCAGUGAGGAUGAUGAAAAUGACGACUCUGUCCAGGUUAUAAUCCGGGCAAUGCAAAGAAAGGAUAUGCCACAUGGGUUAAGUAAUUUAGACAGGGAGCAUACCCUUUCAGUGCAGCUGAAGGCUGUUAUUCAGAAGGGCUUAUCAUACCAGAUUGAGGACCGACCGACAGCAUUAGACUUUGUAGUUGCGCUAAAACAUGAACUUUAA